UCUACCUUCGGUGAACUUUGCGAGCGGUUUUUUAUUGGGGAGAAAGGGAAAGAGGUCGGAUCCCCUUCUUUCCUCCAUUUCCCAUCGCGUCUCUCCUCCUCCUCCUUUGCUUCUUCUCCGAAGAGAUGGCCGCCAACUUCUGGACGUCGUCCCACCACAAGCAGCUCCUCGAUCCCGAUGGUGUCGACGUCGUUCAUCCCCUUGACAAAGAGAAGGGUCUCACCCAAGAGGAAUUCAGGCUCAUCAAGAUCCACAUGACCUUCUAUAUUCUGAAGUUGGCUCAGCAAGUUAAAGUGAGGCAAAGGGUUAUGGCUACUGCAGUUACUUAUCUUAGACGCGUCUAUACUAGGAGGAGCAUGACAGAAUAUGAUCCACGUUUAGUUGCUCCCACAUGCUUGUACCUUGCAUCCAAGGCAGAAGAGAGCACAGUGCAGGCUAGACUUCUUGUCUUUUACAUUAAAAAAAUGUGUUCGGAUGAAAAGUACCGCUUCGAAAUCAAGGACAUUCUUGAAAUGGAAAUGAAGCUUCUAGAAGCCCUUGACUAUUAUUUAGUUGUUUAUCAUCCUUAUCGGCCACUACUUCAGUUAUUGCAGGAUGCUGGCAUAACAGAUUUGACACAAGUUGCUUGGGGCCUUGUAAAUGACACCUAUAAGAUGGAUCUUAUUCUUAUAUACCCUCCAUAUAUGAUUGCACUGGCCUGCAUAUACAUCGGUAGUGUGCUCAAAGAUAAAGAGACAACUGCAUGGUUUGAGGAGCUUCGUGUCGACAUGAAUGCUGUCAAGAACAUAUCCAUGGAAAUAUUGGACUUCUACGACUACUUCACACUUGCAGGUGGUGAGCAUCAGAAAGGUAUCCCAGAGGAGAGGAUAAAUCCAGCUCUGAGCAAGUUGGCCACAAAGGCUUGAACAAGGCCAACAUGUUCAAUUGACAUAAUGCACUUAUUAGCUGGAUGUUAAAAAUUUUGAUCCAUUGCAAUUGGAAUUAUUCAUUCUUCUCAAUUGUUGCAGUUAAUGGAAAUAUGUAAGCCUGUUUAUUUGAAUCCAUCGUUGAUGAUUAAUUCUUAUUGUAAGAAUUUCAGUUUCCUACUUAAUGGUUUUUAGAGUAUUACAGUUAGUUUCUGAGCUAUAA